UUCCUGGGCUCAUCUGGUUCGUGACAUGUUGGAGAAAGAGGAGAAGAAUGAGAAUGCUGAAUUCCAUGUCAAAGAAGUCCAGUACAUUCAAGCAGAUGUGAAGAUAAUCAAGUGUCUUGUGGAGAAUAUUGUGGUAGACAUAUCUUUCAACCAAGUUGGAGGGUUGUGUACACUAUGCUUCCUAGAGGAGGUUGAUCACUAUAUAAAUCAGAACCACUUAUUCAAGCGUAGUAUCAUAUUGAUUAAGGCCUGGUGUUACUAUGAGAGCCGCAUAUUGGGCGCUCACCACGGGCUUAUCUCUACUUAUGCUCUGGAAACAUUGGUUCUUUACAUAUUUCAUGUUUUUAAUAACUCCUUUGCUGGACCCCUUGAGGUUCUCUAUCGAUUUCUUGAGUUCUUUAGUAAGUUUGACUGGGAGAAUUUUUGUGUUAGCCUCUGGGGUCCUGUUCCAAUUUGCUCACUUCCAGAUAUAAUAGCGGAGCCUCCUCGGAAGGAUGGUGGAGAGUUACGAGUUACUGAAGUGUUUCUUAAAGCUUGUAGUAGAGUUUAUGCAGUUUAUCCUGCUGCUCAAGAGAAUCAUGGGCAGCCUUUUGUUUCGAAACAUUUCAAUGUUAUUGACCCUCUGCGUGAAAGCAACAAUCUUGGGCGAAGUGUUAGCAAAGGUAACUUCUUUAGGAUACGAAGUGCAUUUGCCUUUGGUGCCAAAAAGUUGGCAAGAUUACUUGAUUGCCCGAAGGAGGAUUUGUUUCAUGAAAUAGACCAAUUUUUUAUGAAUACAUGGGAAAGACAUGGUAGCGGUCAUCGUCCUGAUGCUCCUGGGGAUGACUUAUGGCAACUAAGACUCUCAGACCAUGACCCACAUCAUCGAGCCGAAAAUGCUAGUAAUUCUUCAGGAAGCAACAGAAAUGAAAAUUCCUCGCAUCAUGAGAUUCAUGUUGAUGGGGUUCAGAGAACACACGGUUUGCCCUCUGUGCCCUCUCAACAGAAUAAGAGUCAGGCUGAAAGUAUGUCUAGAGGAAGUGACACUUCAACGAGUUAUCGAAGCCAAAAGAGUAGUGGUAACUCAAACAGCUCAAAGAUUUCUGGUCAACAUAGACUAGAAGUCAGUUCCAGCCAAAAUGUUUCAAAUGAUAAAUUUCAGAGGAGCUUUAAGCCAGAAUCUAUGGUGAAUAACUUUCAGGGAAGGCAUCUGUUUGCCAGGACUCGUUCUAGCCCUGAGCUUACUGAGACAUGUGGUGAAACUCCUUUACCAUCGCGGCGCACUAGAGCCCCGGAAAUUGGGAAAUACCAAACUGAUUCAUCAAGGGUUGAUAAUACCAGGAAAAAGAAUCAGGAGUCUGAGACUUUAUCAAGCCAUGGUAGAUCUUCGGUUGAAUCAUCACUUAGGCAUAUCUCAUCCCGUCAAAGUCUUGAUAGUACCGCUGAGACAAACAGCGAAAUUACUAGGUAUCAAGAUGAUUUAGGUUCGGGUUCCAUGAAAGAUGACUUUUCCAUCCCAGGGGUACAGGGAAUGCAACAGGAAGAGCAAGACCUUGUUAACUUGAUGUCAUCUGCUGCACAUGGUUUUAAUGGGCAGUUUCCGUUUCCUUUAGGGUUUGCUGCUGGUCACUUACCUUUUCCGAUUGCACCUUCCAUCUUAGCUUCAAUGGGAUAUGGUCAGAGGAAUUUGGCUGGCAUUGUUCCUACUAACCUUACGUUCAAUGAGACUGCGUGGGGUGCCAAUAUGCAAUUUCAACAAAACUUAGUUUUUUCACCGUUUACCCAUUAUUUUCCUGGUGGAUUCCCUCAAAAUCUGGAAAACUCAAGUCAAGCUGGUAAUGACAACACGGGUUCUGUAGAAAUGAAUGUUGGCGAGCCUGAACAUGAUUCAUGGCACGAGCAAGAAAGGGGAACUAGCAGUUUUGAUCUCGAAAACGGUGAUUAUGGAAUGCAUCAGGUGCAUGAUAAUCAUCAUUCAUCUACAGAAGAUUACAGUUAUGGACUUUCAAGUCGGAGAUCUAGCGAAACACGAUCAGUGAAAGAAGAUGAUUCAGACAAUUCCCACUAUCCAGCUAGAGGAGGCAGUCAGAUGUCGAUUGAAGAGAGAAAUACAGGCUCUAGAGCUGUGUCUCGUGCUAGUUCUGUUAGAAGCAAAACUUCAUCCGAAAGCUCCUGGGAUGGAUCAAAAACAAAGGGCUCAAAACCGAUUAGGGAAAAACGGAACAGGAAAGUAGUGUCUUCUAGGCCUUCAUCUGCGUUGUCUGGAAAAGGAAAGAGCGUAUGUGAGCACUCAAUCCAGGUUGAUGAUGAUAACAGAGAGUGGGUUCCUGUAUCCAGCGAUGAAAUGACAGAAAGAGAUCUAGAGUCUCAGCCUACUGUUGCAUCAUUGCAAGUUCAGAGGCAUCAAAUGCAGGGUCUUGAACCAGCUCAAACAAGUGGACCAGAAUCUGUAAUACCUCUUGCUCCAUUGCGUCUUGGUCAAGGUUUGCAGCAAAGAACUGUUGAUAGCUCAGGGUAUACAUUUUAUCCAACUGGGCCACCUGUUCCAAUUGUGGCAAUGUAUCCGGUGUAUAACAUUCAAGCUGGUAAUACAACAUCAGAUGCGUCAACCAGCCAUCAUAGUGUGGAUGAAGGGAUAGAAAAUAACAAUUCAUGUAAAACUUUUGACUCAUUUAGGGGAGUUGAUCAGUCUGAGAUAUUAACUUCUUCCCACCCCUCAAAAAUUGCUGCUUCCGUUGAGCCAAUGGAGCACAAACCUGACAUUCUUAAUGGUGAUUUUGUUAGCCAUUGGCAGAACUUACAGUAUGGCCGUCUCUGCCAGAAUUCACAAUGCCCUCCGUUGAUGUAUCCUGCUCCUGUGGUUGUCCCACCUGCUUAUCUCCAGGGGCGCGUGCCAUGGGAUGGUCCUGGAAGACCUCUUGCUUACACAAAUGUUGUCAAUCAGCUUGUGACUUAUGGACCUCGUCUCGUGCCAGUUGCUCCUGUACAGUCUGCUUCAACCAGACCAGCCAACAUUUACCCCAGAUAUUCAGAUGAAAUACCUAGAUAUCGGAGUGGGACGGGGACCUACUUUCCAAAUCCUAAGAAUACCACUAGGGAGCGGCAUUCAUCUAGCAUGAGGAGGGGGAGUUAUGGGCAUGACAGAAACGAGCAUCAUGGUGAUCGAGAAGGGAACUGGAACGUUGCUAAGACGCGUGGUUCAGGGCGUGGUCACAAUCGUAGCCAAGCUGAAAAGCCAAACUCAAGGCAAGACCGAUCAGAUAAUAGACAUUGGGGCUCAUAUAGGCAUGAAUCAUCAUCGUCAUAUGCAUCUUAUCAUUCCCAGAAUGGCCCUAUUCACUCGACCACCUCACAUGACGGAUCUGCUAAUAUGGCAUAUAGCAUGUACCAAUUGCAAGGGAUGAAGCAAAGCAGUGCGGCUUCUGAGGGUCACAGUAUUCCAUCUGUUAUGAUGUUUUAUCCGUACGAUCGCAAUACUGUUUACAAUGCACAGGGUGAACAGCUUGAGUUCGGGUCGCUUGGACCUAUGGGUUUCUCGGCCACAAAUGAAGCGACCCAUCUAAGUGAGGGGAGCCUUUCGAGCCGGGCAUUUGAAGAAGAUCCACGGUUUCUUGGUACUUCUUCUGCUCAGAUGUCUUCUUCGCCAGAUCAGCCCUCAUCGCCUCACCUCCCCAGGGGUAAGUGAUUUUAUUGCUGGAUCAAGCAAAAAGCCCAGAGGGGCGCAGAGGGAACCAAACGAACGCAUCCCACCACUCGAAUCUUGGGAAAUCAAGAAAAAAAUGGAGACAAGAAAACCUCAAGCUGACCUACUAGGAACAAUCCUGCACAAGUGCUUUGAAUGCAAGGACUUGUGGGAAGAGAAGUCGCACGUUGUUUCUCGGAGGGAAGAAAAUCUAUGACGUGAAAAAUAACAGAGACCCGACACAAGAUGGUUAGUUCUUUGUAUGUACACUAUCAAAAAGAAGCAUCAUCAACCAUCAUCAUCAUCAUCGUGAUAGAGAAUGAUGAUGUCUUUUGUUCCAGUAGAGCAAGAUGUGGGAAAGAAGAAAAAGCAUCCUCUCCAUUUGUUUUUUCGACGAAUCGGUUUCUGAGGUUUCCUACAAAAACCAUAAAACUUGUAGCCUUUGCCCAGAUAGAAUAUGCUUAGGUUUCAGGAUUUUAUCGUUUUACUGAGUCCCAGAAAAGGAUUUUUUAUUUUCCUUUUUCCAAUAGAAGGCUGUAAUAGCGAAAAGGUUUUUGGAUUUAUGA